UUGUUGCUCAAGCCUUGGAUCUCUGGUGCAGUCCUAAUCUAAAUCUAGCGUCUACUUAGAUCUAAAUUCUAGAUCUACAUACAUAGCUUUAGAUGAUCAUGACAUUGUGAGUCUCUAAUUAUGGAUGAGUACUCAAUGGAGUUUGUAGCAGAAGGCCUGGCAAAGGAGAACUUUGAACUUUUGUAUCAGUUUUAUCAGUCUCGAGAUCUUUGUGAUGUUGAGAUUAAGGUUGGAAAUAAGAUUUUUCACUGCCAUCGCCUGGUGCUUGCCUGUGUGUCUCAGUACUUCAAAGCCAUGUUCAAAUCACAAAUGGCCGAGUCCAAAGAAAAAUCCAUCAGCAUCAAAGACAUAGAUGAGGAGGCUAUGGAUAAACUUAUCCAGUAUGCUUACACGGCACGGAUUAAACUCAGCACAGACAACGUCCAGUCCGUGCUGUAUGCUGCAUCUAUAUUACAAAUUGAGACCGUUGCAAAUGCCUGUAGCAACUUCAUGCAAUCCCAUCUUCACCCAUCAAACUGUAUAGAGGUACGAAGCUUUGCAGAACUGCACAACCGCGUUGAGCUAAUCAAGACAACAGACAAUUAUAUUAGGGACAAUUUCAUAGCUGUUUCACAAAAUGAGGAAUUCCUCUCGAUGCCCAUUGAGAUCCUUACAUCCCUUGUGUCAUCCCCCGACCUGAAUGUAGAUUCUGAGGAGCAGGUUUACAGUGCCAUCAUGGUGUGGAUUAAACAUGACAACGAGAAGAGGAAACCCCAUUUACCUGAAUUACUGUCAAAGGUGAAAUUGCCAUUGCUUGACCCAGUGUUUUUGAUGACGAAAGUUGGACCAGAUGAAAUGAUAAACAACAGUUUUGAGUGUCGAGAUUUGGUCAAUGAAGCUAUGUCCUACCGCAUGUCCAUAGCCAACAUAGUUCCAGAGGUCAAGAUAACAGAAAGGUCGCGCCCACGUAAAAGUUACGCAGGUGUACUAUUUUGUGUUGGUGGCCGAGGGGCCUCUGGGGACCCAUUUAAAAGCAUAGAGUGCUAUGACCCACGCCAAGACAAGUGGUUUCCUGUUGCAGACAUGACAACCAGACGUCGACAUGUUGGUGUCUGCUCCUACAAUGGUUUGUUGUAUGCUGUUGGCGGCCAUGAUGGAUCUGAUCACCUUCGCAGUGGGGAAAUGUUUGACCCCAAAACCAACACCUGGAAACCUAUAGCUCAAAUGGAGACUUUAAGGAGAGGAAUAGCUCUGGCAUGUCUGGGUGAUGUGAUCUAUGCUGUAGGUGGCCUGGACGACGCAACAUGUUUCAACACAGUGGAGAGGUACGAUCCAGUCAGAGACAGCUGGAGCUUUAUUGCACCAAUGGAUACACCCCGGGGAGGCGUUGGUGUUACCACUUUAAAGGGUCAGCUCUAUGCCUUAGGGGGAAAUGACGGCACUUGUUCCCUAGACAACUGUGAGAAAUAUGAUCCCUAUUUGAACAGAUGGAGUCCUAUUGCACCAAUGCACAAAAGAAGAGCUGGGGCGGGUGUAGCUGUAUUAGACAACUACAUCUAUGUUGUAGGUGGAUUUGAUGACAAUUCUCCUCUGGACUGCGUUGAAAAGUAUGACCCUAAACUGAACAAGUGGUCAUUUGUGGGGAGCAUGUCUUGUUGUCGAGGUGGAGUUGGUGUCAGUGCUCUUGGGGGGCGUCUUUAUGCAGUUGGCGGUCAUGAUGGUUCCAACUAUCUCAACUCAGUGGAAGCAUAUGAUCCACUUACUAAUAAAUGGGAACCAGCACAAGGCAUACAGCAGUAUCGAGCCGGUGCGGGCGUGACCUACUGCGACUGCUCCCCAAAGUUGCUACGGCAAGUUACAUCAGCAAACUCUACAGGCCAUUUAUAACAUCAUUUUGUAAAGAUUUUAAUUUUUUUUUAUAAGAGGAAAAGCAAUUUUUGUAUAUAAAUAAAGCACAUCAUAAUAAUGAUCGGUCUAAAUACAUUUAUAUAAAAAAAAUUUAUGAUCAAAUUUUAUGGUUUAGGGCACUUUCAUCUUUUAUGAAAAAUAAUAAACAGAAAGCUUGAAUUAAAAAAAUACUUUGCUUUUAAACACAGUAAAAAAAAAAACAACUUUUAAACAUCUGUUAUGAUUCUAACUAUAACUAUAUCUAAAUAAUUAAAAUAUUCUUUCAUUUUUUUUAAUACAUUUUUCUAACCAAUAAUUUACAAACCCUCAGAAAUCUUUUAUAACUUUUUGUCGCAACCUGUUUGUCCAAAUUUGUAACCAAAACUCUAGUUAUAGAAACUGUGAUAGAGAAAUCUACAGCAAACUAUCUUGAUAUUAUUUUCUGUAUGUUGUUAUAGUGAAACAUCUAUUCUCCUUGUGAUUUCACCUACAGCUAAAACCUAUUUUAAAUUGAGAGGGGGUUAUAAAUUGAAAUCAUGCAUCAUCUCAUGGUUAAAAUAUAUUGGUUACCUUUGACCUUUGUUAUCUUGCAGCCAACAACUCCAUGUUUUAAAUGAGUACAAAUCCUGGCAGGACUGCUUCAAAGUUGAUUUAAAAUCCGACUAUAGUAUAGUUGAUACAUCAUGAAGGAGAGAGUCCUUUUAUCAAACACUCUUUUGUUUUUUUAAGUAUGAUGUUAGUUUCAAGAUUUGAAAAAAAAAAUUUCAUGAAGCUAGAAAAUCAUGAAAUAAUAUUGUUGAAAAGCUUUUGUUCCAUUUAUUUUUUAAAUUC